UUUGCCGUGACGCGCACAUUCCGCGACGGUCCUUCCGAGAGGCAACAUGGCGGCCCCUAACGAGAAGAAGCGUGGUCUCGAACAUUUGGACGAAUACGAACCAAAACCGGCCAAACACCUCCGCGGCCUGCACGACCGGAUGGCGGAGAGGAGACUCGUUGUCAUUCUGGAGGGGGCGUCGUUAGAAACCGUGAAGGUCGGAAAAACCUUUGAGCUGUUAAACUGUGACCAACACAAGAAUAUGAUCGUCAAAAGUGGAAGAAAUCCGGGAAACAUAAGACCAGACAUCACACAUCAGUGUCUGCUCAUGUUGAUGGACAGUCCACUGAACAGGGCAGGCCUGUUGCAGGUUUACAUCCACACAGAGAAAAACGCAUUAAUAGAGAUCAACCCACAGACCCGCAUCCCAAGAACCUUCAGUCGCUUCUGUGGCCUUAUGGUUCAGCUGCUGCACAAGCUGAGCGUCCGGGCUGCUGAUGGUCCUCAGAAGCUUCUGAGGAUGAUUAAAAAUCCGGUGUCCGACCACCUGCCUCCUGGCUGCCCCCGCAUGGCCACCUCCUUCACUUCCGGAGAGGCUGUCUGCCCCCGGACUUUGGUGCCAGAGGGACCGGCUGCAGUGGUGAUUGGAGCAUUUGCACACGGAGCGGUGAAUGUGGACUACACAGAGAAGACUGUGUCCAUCAGUAACUACCCCCUCUCUGCUGCACUGACCUGUGCCAAGAUGUGCUCUGCCUUCGAGGAAGUGUGGGGUGUCCUGUGACAAACACUCAAUGAACUACUGAUGUUGACCAGGCAGAGACAGUAGAGUACAUGGACAAUAUUUGAAUGGACUAGGAAUGGAUAUUUAACGGAAACGUUGGGCUGAAUGUCCAUUUCACCAGUGAUGCAACGUGGACUACAGACAUGUAUCCUGUUAUACACUGUAUGUGUAUACUUGUGUGAUUUGGAAUAUACAUAUGUUUCUAUACCCAGUUUUCCUUUUUCAUGUAUAAGCCUGUUUUUUGUACCAUUAUCAGUUGCACCAAUUAUCAAGUUUUGGAUGAUCAGACAAUACAGUUACAUUAAACCAUAUGACCAAAUAA